UGAGCCGAAGAAGCGGCUGGAAACACUCGUGCCGGAAGUUGAUGACACAUGAAAGUCACCGGUGCGGGAGUAAAACAAUGACAGCAGCUUAUGUCAGGGCAUACCUUUGUUUUGUGAUACAGUUAAACACAACCACGCAACGUGUUAAAGCAGCUCCGUGUUUACUACGACCCCAGUUGUUUAUCUUUACGGUAUCAGCUGAUAGUCGCUAGCCAAAGUAGCUGGUAGCAGUUUCAGUGACAUCGUCAGUUAUAUUGCUGUACUUGUUCAACACACAGGAAGCGUGUUGACAUUUAUUUAUAGUGUAUUGAUUUGCAAGUGUGGAGAUGGCGAGGAGCCUCGCUAGAUUAGUGAAGGGCUUCCAGAGCAUCACUGCGCUCCCAGCAGUGGCGGCUCCCGCCUGUGCCUCACUCAGAUCGGCCUCUCUACGGACCAUGGCGGUGCCAUUGCCCUUUUCUUCCAAGCCUCGGGAUUUCAGCCUGCCAAACGUGUCAUGGGGCCCAGAAAUGCUUCGACUGUACGAAUUUUACAAUAACCUGUGUGAGAGGGAGACAGAGGGGGCAGAGAAGCGGAGAGGGCCUUGGCAACGACUGCCAAGCUAUAAUCGUUCCCUAAAGUAUGCUACAGGUGGAGUGUAUCUUAGCAAGAUUAUCCAGUCAAAAGCUCGUCUUUUCACCCGGAACAUGAGGAACCCAGGGGCAGCUUUUGAGUACGUCCUGUUCGUUAACAAAGAGGAGCAGAGGUGUGUGUGCAUUCUCCAGGCUGGACACCUCCUGGAGGGACCACCUGGACAUGUCCAUGGGGGGGCAAUAGCCACCAUGAUAGAUACAGUGACAGGGACUCACGCUUCUCAACUCUGCGAACCAGUUAUGACUGCCAACCUCAACAUCAACUACCGAAGCCCCAUCCCACUUGGAAGUACAGUGUUAAUUGAGUCCACUCUGGAUAGGAAAGAAGGCAAAAAAACAUAUAUUUCAUGUAAAGUAACCAGUACGGAUGGUUCCAAACUGCACACAGAAGCAACAGCCCUGUUCGUGUCUAUCAGCAUCAGCCACCUACUGCUGGGAGGGUGACGGCACAAAGACAGCAGCCUUGUGUGAGAGUGAAUGUGUGAGUGCAUGUUUGGUUUGAAGUAGGAAUGUACUGCACUUAUGUGCCAGUAUAUGACAGUGUUGCCUUUUUAUCAAACCCCACGUUUUCAUCCAUGUCCUCUGAACGUUAUGCCGUCACUAGCCAACGUUCUGUGAAGUGUCUCCACGUCACUACCUCUCCUAUCACUAACAGAUCAACAGUAUAUGCUCUAACCAUAUUUAAAAUUUAAAUUUAUUUAUUAUAAAUUUAGCAGUUAUAUCUAACACUGGGGCCUUUUGGGUGAAGCUAUUGCUCAAAAUGUGGCAUAUAUGUACUGUAGUAAUAUUACAGUAUCUCCAGUAAAACCUUCUGAGUAUUUUAUAGAUUUUACAAGCUGUAAGAUUUGUCUGUCACUAAAUGAGUUAGCUGUUCACUUUUCAUACUAAUAUUGUUAUGUUUAUAUAUUCUGACCAAAAAUGGGGAAUAGAAAUAGGCAGAAAGACAAAAGCUGCUUUUCUUAACUUGUAUGCAUUUGUUUUCCUUAUGUUAACCCAAAAAAUUAUAUGAAACAAUUAAAUAUUUUUUUUCUCUAAACUGACUGACUCACACUUUAGUUGUGAUUUCCAGUUGUGGGUGAUUAUCUUUUGCUUCACCUUAGAUGUGGUUAUACUUCAUAAGGUGUGAAUUUGUGCACAGCAAUAAUGUGAUGAUCUGAAAUAAAGAGCUUCACACGCCUGAUCCUCAUUAUAACACUUUCCACCUUGUUCACGGGCUUGUGUGUCUGAUUCGCUUUGGCACUUUGAACAGGUUUUUAGCUGUCGCCACAGUCUGCCAUAAUAAGUAACACUGUCCACAUCACACAGAUCAGCGCUGCUCUGGCAGUUACUGCAGACCACGAUGCUAAAACGGCACACAUAUCACAGACACCUGAAGCAUAUACAGCUCUAUUUAAAGCUGCGCUCACACAAACGCUGCACUGACUGAGACCAAUGUGCUCUUUGAUUUCCACUGCAUGUGAACCUCUACCAGCUGCGCUAACAAAACAAAGUGAAAUGAAUUUUUUGCACAUGCUUUAUUACACGAGAUGAAAUAAAGCGCUUUGUACAGUGA